CAUAUAUUGCACCAAAAAUGCCCAAGGUUAAUGUUAGUUUUCCAACAUUUUUAAUUUCUACACAAGUACCUGGCAAGCAACACACAAACAGUAAUAACAUUUCAACUGGCUUACAUUCCACUAAUCAGGUGACAGAAAAAAGUGAACUUUCUCAACUUGACAAGUUGCUUAGUUCCAAACAACCAUCACAGGUUACCACAGUAUGUAGCAGAAGGGUUAGCAACCAAAUUAUAUCACCACAGAAAACUGCAGAGAAAGUUUCACCCGCAAUAACUGCUGUAUCAGGUAGUUCAGCAACUCUGUUUUUGAAUCCUAAGUUUCCAUGUGUAAAAAUGUCAUCAACUGGUCAAAAAAAAAUUGUACUUCCAGAAUUUUCUUCCUGCCAAAAAUCAAAAGUAAAAAAGGUUUUUAAUCAGAAUGAAGUACCUGCAACAAGUUCUAUUGCAACUCAAACUGCAAAUGUUGCACCAAAAAUACCAAAGGUUGAUACUAGUUUUCCAACACUUUUAACACCUUCUUCACAGGUACCUGGCAAGCAUCAUACUGCAUUGUGUCAUAAACCAUUGAAGAACAGUACUAGUGAUUCAGUUCUUAUACAAAAUAGAAAAAGUAUAGCUUCACGUCGUGAAAUUCCGAUAGCACCAUGUCUACCUGCAACAUCUCAUGUUGGUCAGGUAGGAAAUAGUCAUGCAUAUGCUGACACAAGUUCUAAACAUGUAACCAAGGUGAUUGGUGAUAAACAUAAGCAUUGGGAGAAAUUUCUUUAUUCGCUUAAACCAGCAGAAACAAUUUAUGAAAUUUUAAAAGAAGAAAACAAUGUUAAGUUUUUUAAAUGCACAAAUAGAAAAUGUGUUUUUACAACUGAUAACUCAACACAAUAUGAAGAACAUCUAAAAAUUCACAAGGACAAGAUUUUGCCCUGUCCAUAUUGUUUUAUAACUUUUAAAGCCACAAAGCUUACUGAGCAUGUACUUAAGAAGCACUGGAAACUUCGCUAUCAGUGUAAUUACUGUUGGUAUCGUGGGUGGGGAAAAGCACAUGUAAGAACACAUACCAGGAAAGCUCAUCCAGAAAAGCCUUUAAAAAUGUUGACUGGUGUUGUACUAGAGGGAGAAGAUUCAGAUGAAGACACACCUGAUUACUCGGAAGUUACAAAACCUUACUUUUGUGCUCUUGGAACAUGUGGAUUUUCCACAUUUGAUCCGUCAGAGUUCAAAAAGCACUACAAUACAACACACAAGACAGUUUCUAUAUUUCCAUGUUACUACUGUAAAACUGAAGUGAUAUCCUUUGAAAGACUGUUAAAGCAUUUGAAGUUUCAUGGAAUAAACAAUUUUCAAUGUACAUUUUGUCUACAUGGUACAGAAACUCAAGAAGAGAUUCUAGAUCAUAUGACAUCUACACAUCCUGAUAAGCCUCUUCAGCUUUACGUGAGAGGUUCCAUGAUUUCUUCUGAAAAAAAUACUUCUGUCCUUCCAACUUCCACUAAUUCUUCUAAAGAACUAACUGUACCUGAAUGUACAAGUAUCCAACCUCAACUAGAACAUUCCAAUAAAAAUUCUGAAUUAGGAUCACCCAGCAACUCUCACUUUCCUCUGCCUCAUAGUAAAAAUGAAGAUAUACAUAAACGUGAUUUUGUAAUUCAUGAUCCCAUAUCACAAAGGAAAAAAGAAAAAAGUGCACUCCUUAAAAAUAUAACAACUGGCAAUAUGUUGGCCCACAACAAACAUCUCCCAGUCUCGGAAACUGUCUCUCUGUCUGAAGUACAAAUGAAGCAAAGCAAUCCAGAUAAACUGUUUUCUGAUGAAUUUCUUACAAAUAAAGGUUUGAAAGAGGUUAAAUUAACACCUUGUUCUUCAUCUGAGAGUAUCUUAAAUGUCUUGAAGACUUCUAAGGGUCUUAUGAAUUGUUCUGAAUGUAAUGAGGAAGAAAGAGAAAAAAACCUCAAUAUAAAAUCAAUAGACAAUGAAUUUCAGAACUUAGAAAAGAAAUCAUUAACCUUUCAAAAAGAAAAGACAACUAUGUUAGAAGAAGAAUAUGACAGACCUAUGUUUCCAAAAGAGGGAAGAGAGAAAACAGAAAACAAAAUGAACAUUUUAAGAGAACCUAGAAAAAUACAGCAAUAUCCUUCAAGGUCUUUAAAUAAUCAGGAAACUGUAAGUAAUUCAGAAACAUUUGAUAUAAAACCUCUUAAAUCUUUGGCUGAAGAAGAAAGAGAUACAACAGAACAGAAGCAAAACCAAAGUUAUAAACUAAACCUUCAUUCAUGGUCACUAGAUAGUUACAAAACCCUAAAACCAUUUGGUAACAUGGUUAGCACAGAAGUAGCAUCUAAAAAUGAUGGAAAAGUGUUAGAUUAUCCAUAUAGGGAACAAGAAAUUUUGCCAGAUGAUAAUUUUUCAGGUAAUAAUGAUAACAACAAAAUAUAUAUGUCUAGUUCAAGUAUUCCACCUGAAAAAGGUGGAGAAACCACACUUGAUGAAUCUAUAAAUGUUGACUAUAGUGAUAGAUGUAAAGAUGAAAGUUCCAUCUACCAACAACAUGAAACAUGUGAUAAGUAUGUUACUGAAAGUCAUGGGAAUAUUAUUAAACCAAAACAUUCUGAGAACACUGUGUAUGUGUGUACUCUAUGCUCAGUCAAAAUGUAUAAACAUAAGAGUAUUGCACAUCACCUUGAAACUGUUCAUUGCACACAUUAUCGCAAAUGUGAAUACUGCAGUCUAUCCGGGACUAGUUUAGUGACUUUAAUCAAACACAGCCUUAAGUGCCACAAAGACAAAAACCCAAAAAUUGUACUACUGUAUCAAAAGAUAAAACAAGAAAAAAGCAAUGAUUUGUUUGAAAAGGAAAUAAAACCACCUGCUGAUGCCACAAAUAAAGGGGUGGUAUCAAGUGAGGAGAAAAUGGAAAGAGAACUGCCUGAAGUAAAUGCAGAGAGAAGUGUUUGUGACAACUAUAGUCAUGCUUUAAAAAGAAAAUUGGAAAGGCAAGAUUUUAAUUCUACACAUGUUUCUAAAAAUGCUAAGUCUGCAACUGAAGAUAGCGAGUUCCAAAACAUUGAAUUAGGCAAGUUAGAAAAAGAAAAUGAACAGCAAUGCUAUGAGACAAAUAUUUCUGAAAAUGAAAGUAAUAUGACUAUAAAGAGCAAUUUUCAGAAAACAUAUCAAGAAGAUGAUGAUGUCAGUGAUGUAGGUAAGUUAUUCUUUGCUGAUAAUACUUUAUUUGAGGAUCAACAUCAAGAUUUGUUUACUUGUCCUUUCUGUAAUUAUGUCAAGACAUCUUUCUGUGUCCAAAAACUUCAUAUGUUUCAAGAACUAAACUACAGUAGACUGUUGUGCCUAGUAUGUGGUAUGCAGUGCUUCAACAUUAAAGAAAUAGAAGAUCACUUUCAAAAACAUCAUCCUGAUGAGAAACUUUCUUAUCAACAAAAGUGUGAUAUUAAUACUGAAAGGUUAGUUGAACUGUUUCUUAUAAGCCAGAAAAAAAUAGGAGAAAGUAAAGUCUUACCCUUAAGUCUUAAACAAACAUUAAUAUCGUUAAAACAAUGUUUUGAAAAUUGCCAUCAUGAAAAGAAGCAAAAGUUACUACUAUCAUGUGAAAAGGCAAUUGCAGCUUUGGAGGAAAGUCACUCUUUAAAUGAUGAAGUAAAAACAGAAUUUCUAUUUGAUGAAAAUGGAGGAGAAAAGUUGCCUAAAGUUGAGAUUAUGGAAGAAAGGACAGAAGAAAUAAGUGAUUUAUGUUCAUCUGUCUCUAAAGCUGAUGCAACUGCUCCUAAAAGAUUAGUUGAUCCAAUUACAAGCCAGUUUUCUUCUAUUGCUAAUCAAAAAGUGUUUUCAAACUCAGAUUUAGAUAAGUUUAAAAAAGAAAGUGUUCAUCCAGUUGCUAAAAACAAUUUUGAAAAUAAAGAUAAAAGUUCUUCAGUAAAAAGUGUUCAAAAUAUAUCUGAAAAUCUCUCAACUUUCAACACUGAGUGUAGUAGAACAAAUGAAACUAAGCAAAGUGUUAACAGUGCAGGAAGAACUUUAUCUAUGCUGAAAAAGGCUCAAACAAAAAAAUUUAAAGCAAAAGUUAUUCUAUUCACUUGCCCUUUCUGUGAGUAUACCCAAACAUCUUACCACUACCAGAAGCUUCACAUAUAUCGAGAAUUGAAGUAUCGUAAGAUGUUGUGCUUGGUUUGUAGAAUGAAGUGCUUCAAUAUGAAGGAACUUAAAACUCAUUUUCAUAAACACCAUCCUGACCAUAAACUUCAUUUUGAGCGACUAUGUGAUAUUAAUACUGAACAGUGGGUUGAAAAUUUAUUGAGAAACCAAAGCUUGUCCCAAAAACCUAACAACAGAUUAAAAUCUCAACUCACAAAAAGGAUACAAGAAUACAAAUAUGUUUGUGUUGUCUGUGGUGCUAAGCAACGUGGUACAACUGACUUACAAAGACAUUUAUUUCGUCACAAACAAUAUCGUCCUGUUAAAUGCUGCCACUGUAAUAAAAGAUUCAUAUGUUCUACUGAUGCUAAGCGGCAUUCUGCGAAGCUUCAUCCAGGUCAAGAACCACACUGUACAAUAACCAGAAUUGACAGCAUUGAAGAUUGGGUGAAUGAAAUCAUUGGCAGUCAACAAUCUUGUAAUCAGCAUGAAAAUGAAGUAGAAUGUGCAACGAAUCUUGAAAAAAGAAAUUCGGAGGGUGAUGAUGUUUUGGUUAAAAAGAGUAUGCGAGUGAAAAAUAAUGUUUUUGCUUGUCAGUGGGAAAAUUGUAAGUUUGUUACAGAUGAUAAAAAAAAGUUAAAUUACCAUCUGAUGAUUCAUUUCUCCAAAUCAAAAUUUCCUUGCCUGUAUUGUCGAGUAUCUUUUAAUUCAGAAGCAAAAUUAAAAAGUCACUGUGAAAUCAACCACUCUAAGAAAUCAUUAAUAUUCACCACUAUAAACACUAAAAGCUCUAUCAAAAAGAAUAACAUUAAACCUAAAAAAUGUUUUAAUAAAUUUACUUGCCAUUAUUGUGGUCGCAGUGUUUACUCUAAGAAAGGCCUUAGAACUCAUAUUCUGUGGAAACAUCGGAAAGAAUUUGAGCAAGAUGAGAAUGCUGUUAGAGAAACAAAUUAUGAUAUUGCUGUAACUUCUCAUUCACAGACAUUUUCUCAGGAGGAGCCAUUUGAGUGUGAAUGGUGUGGGAUUAGGCUUAUUAAACUUCAAGAGAUUUUGGAGCAUAUGAAGUCACACGAUGAUAAAAUAUCAAGAUCCACAGUUUUGUCCACUCCUGUGAGUAAUGUUUCUAGUGGCAACAAUCAGAAUUCAAGUAAUCGUGCAGAUGUAGAAGGUGUUGUUAAAGAAACUAAUUCUCCCAAACUCUCUCUUUUUGACCAGGUUCAACAUGAAAUCCCUGGAAUAAGCUAUAGUGAUAUAAAUCUGUUAUCUGAUGAGUUGCCUAUAAAAAAUAUUGUUCUUAAAAGUGUAACGAGAUGUGCGUAUUGUAGAAAAAAUGUGCCUUCUGAUACCAUCAAACAGCAUUGUAGGAAGCAACACCCAAAUUUGCCUGUUAAAAUAAUCAAGCAUCGUCCAAAAGCAACCCCUGGAUCUUCCAAAUUUUUUAGAAAUUCAAAUGAGAAUAGAACCAUUGAAAACCUGAAAAUAGAAAAUAAAAAGAUAUUACUGAGCAAUUCUGGUGAACAUCUUUAUCUGUGUGAUAAAGAACCAUACAGAUGUGAAUACUGUCCAGCUCAGUUUAGUUCUGUUAGAAAUUUACAUAAACAUUGGCAGCAAAAACAUCAAACAAAGUCAAUGAAUCAUUCAUCAAAAAUUGUUCCACAUGGUUUGACACAAGAACAAAGCACCAUGUACAGUUCAGUUAGUAAUAUUCCAGAAAAGUUGCAGAUAAAAAAUUCAGCAAGAAAGUCAUUUAUACAUCUUGUUGACUCCCAGCUGCAGAAAAAUGCUCUGAAUAGAAUAUCUGUAGGUCAACAAAGUAAUGCUGUAGAUAAUGUUCAUCCUAACAUUUCUGAGUCCACUUCUUGUACAAAGAGAAGACUUUCACAUGGAAGUGAUAAAUUUACAUGUGACAGUUUAUCAGAGUUUGGAUUUUCUGUUUAUGGAAAGAAACAAAAGCUUGAUACCUCAAAUAUUAAAGUGAAUAUCCCAUCAUUAGGAGCCAAAAUUCCUUAUCAGUCAGUUUUACAUUUAUGCAACUUACAACCACGUGUUAUAUUGACAGACUUAAAAUCUCAACUUUUUAACUUGGGAGUGUUUUAAUAGUAGUUCUGUGAUUCUGCUACAUCCAAGUAGAUAAAGAGCUUUAGUUUUUUUCUAUUUACUUUGAGUAUUUAUCAGGGAUUAUAUAUUUUCUAGUGAUCAGUUUAAAGCAUUAAUUAACACAGUGUGGUUACUUUGUUACAUUGGUUAAAAUAAAAAUGUUAUUUUAUGAAAUACUUGUUUGGUUAAAGAGUAUAUAUGUUCAGGUAUUAGAGUAAAUAGUACAUUAAGAUACUGCUUUUCAAGAUUUGUAUAUAAUAUUACAUUGUAAAAUGUUUUCAGUUGUACUGACCAGUAGUUGAUGAAGUGCACUAUAUGCUGUCCUUUUGUCAGCUAAGUGAUCAAAAUAUGUUUAUUUAUUUAUGUACCUUUUUUUUCUAUCGUUUUAUUAGUAUAUAUACUUCAUUGUGUACAAAAUGAUUUUGCUAAAAAGAUACUUAAAAACUGAAAUAGCCAAUGAUUGAAGAAAGUUAUAUGCAAUGUAAACUUUUAGUAAGUUGACUGCUAUAGGCUGCAGCCAUUGAGAACUCAUAAUUUGAGUGAUGGAAGCUUUAGCUAGUGCAUACCAAAAGGAAGUUGGUAGAUGAAUGUCUUGCCAAUAAGUACUCAAGGUAUAUAGAAUGGUACGAUUUUAACUAAUAUUAUUUUCGCUGGUUUGAUACUGUUAAUACAAAAACUAAAUUGUAUCUCAAAGCUAAUUCAACUUAUUCAUAGUAUUGUACAUCAGUUGUAAUCUAAGUUUUAACUAUUGUUUGUUAUUUGAAAUCAGCAUCAUACCUGUUGUUUAAAAAGAUCUUUUUCUCUUUGUGUCCAUGUUAAUUAUCUUCAAGCUUCUAAAUUUUAUCAAAUGUUUAGUGGCUUGUAUAGCUUAAAAAUGACCAGCAUCCAACACA